AUGGAAAGCACCGUGUUCCCCACACUGACUUUGAUGGUUCUCUUCCUCGCUUGUUCUGCUCAGGAGGAUGUGGAAGCUCUAUCCUGCCCCGAAUCCCAGGAGGGUUUUGACGGCUCGUGCUAUGAGUUUGUGAGUCGACAGCAAUCCUUCCUCAGUGCCCAGGGCUGGUGUGAGCAAGGUGCAGGACACCUAGCCUUUAUCCUGUAUGAUGAAACACAACAGUUCCUCCAGAGGCACCUGGAUCCAGAGAAGGACUGGUGGCUCGGGCUGGCACCCGCCGCUCCAAACCUCACUCUGGAGUCUGCCACUGAGGGUUCCCUUGCAUGGCUGGAAGGCUCAGAUGUCAGCUAUAGUAACUGGUUGAACACACCAGAUGCCUCAGUUAUGUUGACAAUAUUCCAAUCCACUCCUUUUCAGGGGAACCUCACAUGCACACUAAAUGCUGGAGAUGGCCACAUUAUUGAUCCAUACAGCCCAGCAGAUUGUGUUGAUUGUGCCUCAAUAAAUGUCAACAAUCAUGUGAAGGUCAGACUGAGCUGUGUGAAGACUUGCCCAGAUGUAGUUUGGUAUAUUGAGGACCCCAAACCGUUGGCGGAUGACCUGAACACAUGUUACUCCAAAGCAGGAAGCAGGCCACUAGUUGAAAGGCAGGAUGGCAACACUGACUAUGUUGUACCUAGCCUACAACUGAAGGUUUCAAGGGACGUACUGCACAACAUUAGUGUGAUUGCUUAUGGCAAGAAUGAGCCAGGUUUUGCCAAGUACACUUUACCAAUACCCGGUCCUGAGCCAACGGAACCAGCUGCUAUCGAGGCCCCUGCAGACGCUCGGGCCCCCUCGUGUAGCAUCUCUCCGCCGUCGGGAACAGUUCUCGAUGCUUUUGACAUCACCUGCGAAACAAGCUCUUUCUGCUCCACCGGCUGUUCUUAUUGCUUCAAAACAGACACAGGAAAACAUCUGCGCUGCAGUCACACAAAUGAAGUGAAAUCUGUCUUCCUGCCUCUCGGGAAUAAGAUCAACAAUUACAGUUUGUCUGUCGUGGUGACUGUGAAAAAUAUAUAUGAGGAAGCCAGCACUACCGUCUCCACUCAGGUACGAAAAAGCAGCUCGAAUAUAUCCGUGGAGGCUCUCCAAUCGGCAGUGGAGGACAGUGUGAGUCAGUUAGAGCAGCAGGGUCUUCUCUCUGGUGAGGCCCUCGGACAGAUAUUUACUUCAGUUUCUGAUAUGCUGAAUACAGACGCCAGCCAAAAUCACAAGGAAGCAAGGAUGGAGGUAAAGCACGUCCUAAGAAAGCAAAUGUUGACCAAAAUGACAACAAUUCUGCUGGCCUCACCCACCAACACAUCUCAGGGAGUGCAAGUGACGGCCAGAGCUGUGGCCGGACUCACCCGGCGCCCAGACGAGCUCAGUAUUGCUGCUCAAGAAGAAGCAGGUUCCUUGUUGGUAGACCUUAGCUCCUCCCUCAACACUAUCAGUGUUAAUCAGGAUGAUGGAGAUGAAGGAGAAGUUGUGCAAGCAGCUACACCAAUAAUUGAAGCAGCCAGUAAUAUUUUGAAUGUUUCGUCAAAUGUAAGUCCUCAGAAAAAAGUCUCAGAUUUUCUCCUUAUUGGGAUAAGCAAUAUUCAAAGUGCUUUGCUGAAUAAUAAAAUGCUAGAUGGAGACCCUGCCAUCAUUGAUUCUGGUCAGAUCAGUGUGUAUGUCAACAGAGUGUCUCCAAAAAAGAUCCAAAUGCAGGAUGUAAAUAUCCAGAAGAUCAGCUCCUCCAGAUUUUCCUUCCCCGCACUGCCUGCUCAUAUCGUCUCUCCAGAGGAGCCAGUUGAUGUCAAAAUGAUGAGUUUUGAGAAGAACCCAUAUUCUUGGAAGGAGGAAAAUAUCACAGGAACUGUGGGAUCCAUUUCUCUCUCCAGAGUAAACGGCACUCUCAUUUCUGUAAAGGAUUUACCCAACGAGAUAGAGAUAUUCCUACCCAGGCCUGAUGUUGGGCAGGAGAACAGCACGGUCCUGGACCUGGCCAAUUUCAGCACAUUGAUAAUUAACAUUCCCUCCCCGGAUGUAACACUGGUCCUGAAAAUUGAGCCGUCUGAAAACAUAUCCUUCAUGCUAUUCCUGGGAUUUAAAGAUUAUCCAAAUGAUGAGAAUUAUGUAGCCAAGACUCGGAUGCCUCUAGAGAACGCCAUAGGAGAGGAAAAAUACACCUGGGUGCUGAGUCCCAAAGACAGAACAGGAGAAGUUGGAGAGCACUACCUUGUGAUGAAGCCCAUUGUUGAGCCAGGCAUCAAAUCCAUGAACGCCACGGUCAAUGUCAUCUCCAUCGCUGCCCAGUGCAAAUACUGGAAUGACAAUGAGUCUUCUUGGAGUGAAAAUGGCUGCAGGGUUGGUCCAUUAACCACGACUCUGGUUACCCACUGCCUCUGUAACCACUUGACUUUCUUUGGCAGCUCCUUCUUUGUCAUGCCGAACUUAGUGGAUGUGUCACGCACUGCAGAACUUUUUUCUACGUUCAGUAACAAUCCAGUGGUGGUGUGUUUUGUGGGGUCUAUCUUUGCUGCCUAUGUCCUGGUGGUUAUAUGGGCACACAGGAAAGACAUCCAGGACUCAGCAAAGGUCAAGAUAACAGUGCUGGAGGAUAAUGACCCCUUGGCUGAGUAUCAUUAUAUUCUGAAUAUCAGCACAGGUCAUCGACAUGGUGCAUCCACCUCCUCCCAGGUGACGAUAACCCUACUGGGCACAGAGGGAGAAAGUGAGCCCCAUCACCUGACAGACACUGAGAAGCCAGUGUUUGAGAGGGGUGGGGUGGACAUGUUCCUGCUCACGACACACUUUUCCCUUGGAGAUCUGCAGAGCAUCAGGCUGUGGCACAAUAACUCUGGAGCACAUCCAGCAUGGUACGUCAACAAAGUCACGGUGCAAGAUCUGGAGAGGGGGCAGAAAUGGCACUUCCUGUGUAAUUCCUGGCUGGCUGUCGAUGUAGGAGAGUGCGCUCUUGACAAGGUCUUCCCAGUAGCCACAGAGAUGGACUUGAAGAGGUUUAGUAACCUGUUCUUCAUGAAGACAGCCAAGGAUUUCAGGGACGGCCACAUCUGGUUCUCUGUCAUUAGUCGGCCUCCCUGCAGCACUUUCACACGAGUGCAGCGAGUGUCCUGCUGCUUUUCCCUGCUGCUUUGCACCAUGCUGACCAGUAUCAUGUUUUGGGGCAUCCCCACCGACCCCUCUGAGCAGACCAUGGACCUGGGUCACAUCGAGUUCACCAUGCAACAAGUUAUGAUUGGAAUUCAAAGUUCAAUCAUCAUGUUUCCCAUCAAUCUCAUUAUCGUGAGUAUCUUCAGAAACUCUCGGCCCCGAGAGAAGGCCGCCAAAACGGACACGUGUAAACAAGGAAAGACCGGCCGAGUUUCUCCCUCGCAAACAUCUUCCCCUCAGAAAACGCUGAAAGACAUCUCUCCAGACACUGUGAUCAAGGACAUAAAGAGAAUUGCUCAGUCUCUCUCAAAGGCCAUGAAGAGUCCGCUCCCUCACCUGGAGCUCCGGCCUGGUCAGCCGGCCGACAUCAACACGCUGCUGUCUCUGGUGGAGGACAUCAUCCGACAGCAGAACUGUGCGGCCGGAGACUUCUACACUGACGCCUCCAAGAGGGAUCCCUCUAUGAUCCUCAGUUUAAAUGCAGUUAAUCUAGAACAAGGUACAAAAAAGACGUCAGAUGAUGUUCAGAAGAAGAGCAACAACAGCCGGUACCUGUACAAGCAGCUGCGUCAUGUUGAGAAGGAGCUGGGUUUGUUGGGACUUUCUCGUUUUUCAAACCCAGAAAGCUACAACCGAGCCAUACAGCAAGUUCAGGGGAUGAAGGGUCUUCUGGAGUUCCACCUCCACUCGUCCAGCAUGGAGGGAGCCCAGCUGGACCGCAGCCCCAGUCCAGAAGAGAGCGUCAAUGAAGAGUCCACCAAGAAGGGCAGUCAAGGCGGGCUGCCGUGGUGGUUUGUGUUUGUCGGUUGGAUCCUGGUGAUCGCAACCAGCGGUGUGUCAGGAUACUUCACCAUGAUGUAUGGGCUGACGUACGGGAAACAGCGCUCCAUAAGCUGGCUUAUCUCCAUGGCAGUCUCCUUCUUUGAGAGCAUCCUUAUUACUCAACCUCUGAAGGUUCUUGGUUUUGCUGCUUUCUUUGCACUUGUUCUAAAGAAAGUUGACCAAGAGGAGUACGGAGAGCCUCAGAUAGAUGACAGUCUGAGGAACACAGAUGAUCCUGAUACAGUGCGGGCAGCAAGAAGAGACAGCACUUGCAGUUUCUACCAGCCUCCUCCUCCCACUGACAUCGAGAAGAUAAGGAACAACAUGAUUAAGGAACAGAAGGUCUUCGCUCUAAUAAGGGAGAUCCUUGCCUACAUGGGAUUUAUGUGGAUGCUGCUCCUGGUGGCGUACGGCCAGAGGGACCCCAAUGCUUACUUUCUGACCCAACACAUUCGGCAGAGCUUCAGCAGAGGGAUUUCUGACAGUAUGAGUAUUCAGGAUAUGUUCAACUGGGCAAACGCAACUCUACUGAGCAACAUGUUUGGAGAGCACCAAGGAUUCAUCACAGAUGGAAACUCCAGGCUGGUGGGUAAUGCUCGCCUUCGCCAGGUGAGGGUGCAGCCAAACUCCUGCCACGUGGCUCCCUCCAUGCAGCAGCCCGAGACGGACUGUCAUGCUCCGUACUCAUGGGAGUUGGAAGACGUGGGCUCCUACGGUCCAGGCUGGAGCCGCUCUGAGGGCGAUAACACCUCGCUGAAAAGUCAAAGCCCGUGGACGUACCAGUCCCAGGGUCAGCUGAGGGCCUCCCCCAUCUGGGGCAGCGUGAAGCUUUACAGAGGAGGAGGGUUUGUGGUGGAUUUAGGGCCAGAUUUACAGAAUUCCAGCAGAUCGGUUCAGUACCUUUAUGACAACACCUGGUUUGACGUGUACACCCAAGCGGUCUUUGUAGAAUUCACUGUGUACAAUGCCAACGUCAACCUCUUCUGUAUCGUCACUCUCAUGCUGGAGACCACAGCCAUAGGAGCUUUCCAGUUCCGCAGUGAGCUUCAGAGCGUGCGUCUUUACCAGUCGACCGGAGGCCUUCACAUCUUUGUCAUGGCCUCCGAAUCAAUUUACUUCCUCUUCAUCAUCUAUUACAUGUUUGUCCAGGGAAAGCUGAUGAAGCAGCAGAGAUGGUCUUAUUUCAAGAGUAAGUUGAACUUGCUCGAGCUGGCAAUUAUCCUCCUGAGCUGGAGCGCGCUGUCAGUUUUCAUCAAGAGGACUUUACUUGGGCAGCGAGACAUAGAAUACUACCAGACCAACAAAGACCAAUACGCCAGUUUCCAUGAGACAGCCAAGGCCGAUGCAGUGCUGGGGUAUCUGAUUGCCUUCCUGGUGCUCUUGGCUACAGUCAAACUGUGGCACCUGCUGAGACUAAACCCGAAGCUGCACAUGAUCACAGCCACGCUGCAGCGAGCCUGGACUGAUAUCUCAGGCUUCCUGGUGGUCAUGACCAUCAUGUUCCUGGCCUACUCCAUCGCUUCUAACCUGAUUUAUGGCUGGAAGCUGUACUCCUAUCGUACUCUGCUGAAUGCUGCACAGACCAUGGUCAGCUUGCAGCUGGGCAUUUUUAACUAUGAAGAGGUUCUGACUUACAAUCCAGUGCUUGGAGCUUUCCUCAUCGGCUCCUGCAUUGUGUUCAUGACCUUUGUGGUGCUGAACCUCUUCAUCUCUGUCAUUCUGGUGGCAUUCAGUCAAGAGCAGAUCCAUCACAAGCCGUCAGAAGAGGAGGAGAUUGUGGACCUGAUGCUGAUGAAAGUCUUCAGUUUGUUUGGACUCAAAUGUAAGAAACAAGCUGGCGACUGCCCAACUGAGAGGCCAGUUGGUUCAUCUGCUUCAAAUAUUGGACCCUCAACGAUUUCUUCUGAGAAUAUUUUUGAUGGUUGACAUGCUUUCACAAAGUCCUCUGCUUCAGUUUUUGCUAGUGUUGCUUUGUGACUGAAUUGCAAUGAAUUGUAUUUUCAAGUCUGUAAAUGAUUAGCAUUUGUCUCUACUGCUACAGAUAUGUCACUCUUUUAGUAGAAGCUCAACUAAUGAGAGAAAGCAGGAACCAAGAAUGAUCCUUAUGUUACGCACUGAUGCACUGUAUUUAGGCUGCUGUAUAUUUUGUUAAGCAAAUAAAUAAAAAAUAUUCAUGGUUA